AUUGAGCUGCUGUAAUUACUACUAGUUUUCAAAUUCUCACAACGAGCGCAUCUUGACUGCCGCGACUGCCUCCAGGAUGACAAAGAUACUUUCUUUAGUAUUGUUCUCAACGUUUUGUUUAAAGCUUGUACUUUCGGAUGCGUUAAUCGCUGCCAGGAGUAGUGUACAAUGCUAUAAGUGUUCGGGAAUAGAAUGUUCUAGGCCAACUUUAGUGAAUCAAACCACAACGUGUGCUGAUCCUUUAGAUUCUUGUGUUACAGUUUUCGAAGAAUAUAGUGUUGCUGCGAGGGGAUGCUAUCUGGAGGUUCCCGAUAAGUAUCGAGUGAAAUGCCAGGAAACGGGGAAUCUUGAAUGCGAUAGAUGUUUUGGUACCCUCUGCAAUAAAUAUGCUCGCGCGGAUAUCAGAUGCCUAGAGUGUGACUCUUCAAAGGAUUCCAAGUGUUUGCAAAAUCCUAGUCAGAUGGAGCCAGUUCGAUGUCCAUUACUUCCAACUGCCAACUCUUAUUGUUUUGUAGAAUAUGAUGAACAUUCGACAAUUCGGGGGUGUAUGGAUAAUCUAAGGGAUGAAAUCUCUUGUUAUGACAGUCAGAAUUGCCAACUUUGUUUGCCCGCACAAGAUGGAGGAGCUUGCAAUGCUUUCGAAUUUCCUUCAGGACGUCGUCAAUGUUUAGCCUGCUCAGGGGACCAGUGCACAUCAGGAAGUAACAAUCAAACAAGCGCGUAUUGUAUGAAAUCAGGAGAUCAGUGCGUUUCAAUGCAAAUGAAUGGUCGCGUCAUAAAAGGCUGCCUCCAAGAUUUGGAUCAAUCGCAAAUCACAUUUUGCAACGCUAAUCCUAAAUCCUGCACGAAAUGUAAUUCAAACUUCUGUAACACAAUAACAUAUAACCAAAAUGAUGGAUCUGGAAGUGGAGGAACGGGAAAUGGUGGAGGUGGAAGUGGUGGAGCUGAAAGUACGGUAACUGCGAAAACUCAACUAAUAAUGCUGACUUUAUGUUUAGUUCUUUUGAAAUGUUUGUGAGCCAACUGGUGAUAUGUACUGAACUCAGCAAUAAAUAAAAAAAAUUAAUUUGUAAU